UUCAUCAACACAACAAAGCAGAAGUGUAACGACUCCUUACUUUGCUAAGAAUCUCAGAUGAUUAAUCAUUAUAUUUAGACUAAAACGUGUUGAGAACUUUUCAAAAAAGUUCAUCCGUCUGAAACAUCGGGAAAAAAUGCCACCUAAACGAGGACGUCCUCCCAAAGUUGCAAAGGCAGCAGAAAGAAAUGAAGAAGAAGGGAAAUCGAAGAAAAAGCGUGUUAAUGAAAAAAGUGAACAUGAAAUUGAAAUUGAAGAACCUGUUAAAAAAAAGCAAAAACUUCCUGAAUCAACGAACCAUGAUCAAAAUGUAAAUGUCAAUAAUUCAAGCACUGAAGUAGAAAAGAAUGACAAUUCUAAGGAAAAAAAUGGAGCUAAGAAAAAUGAGAAAGUUGAGGCCAAAAUUACUGACAAAGCACCUCAGGCAAAUGAUAAGUCUCAAACAACUACAAAUAAAGCAGAAACAAAUCUUAAUGACAUUGAUUAUGAGUGUCAUAAAGAAAAUGCCGAUGGUGAGAAGGCAAAUUUCAAAAUUUGUUCAUGGAAUGUUGCUGGCAUUCGAGCUGUGAUAAAGAAAAAAGGGAUAGAAUAUUUAGUAAAAGAAGAUGCAGACAUAAUUGCUCUACAAGAAACAAAAUGCAAUUUAAAAGAUAUUCCCAAUGAAGCAAAGCUCAAAGGCUACCACCGUUAUUUUGUUGAUAGCAAAAAAGCUGGUUAUUGCGGAUUGGCUUUAUACUCUAAAAAAGAACCUAUUAAAGUUUCAAAUGGUUUAAAAAAUCCAGAGUUUGAUAUAGAGGGAAGAUUAAUUACUGCUGAAUUUGAUACAUUUUAUUUAAUCAAUGUUUAUGUACCAAAUGCUGGUCAAAAGUUGAAGACACUUCCUAAACGUUUGGAAUGGAAUCAAGCUUUUAAAAAGCAUGUUCAAGAACUCGACAAAAAAAAACCAGUUAUUAUUUGUGGAGAUAUGAAUGUUGCUCAUCAUGAAAUUGAUUUAAAAAACCCUAAAACUAACACAAAAAAUGCUGGUUUUACUAAAGAAGAACGUGACGAUAUGACUGACUUUUUAGAAUCUGGAUUUGUUGACAGUUUCAGGCUUCUAUAUCCUGAUAAAACUGAUGCAUACACAUUUUGGGCUUACUUUAAUAAUGCUAGAGCAAAAAAUGUUGGAUGGAGAUUGGAUUACUACUUGGUUUCAGAAAGAAUGAAAAAUAAAAUAUGUGACAUAGUCAACAGAGACAAAGUCUAUGGUAGUGACCAUUGCCCUGUUAUUUUUUAUGGUAAAUUGUGAAUAUUCAUGCGAGAAUUAAAUAAAAAGGUUUUUCUUUUGUAAUAAUUUGAUAUUCAAUAUAAAAUUACUAUUUCCGUUACA